AUGGACCGCUCGCCACCUUCACCGACGUCCGAGCUGCGGGCCAUUGAGUUUGGGUCGUCCUUGCCAGCCGGCGCGUUUCAACAGCGCACACCACGUUAUGGCGGUGCAACCUCUUCGCAGCCAGCCCCGCCGCCGCAUCCUCACCCCGCCGACACCGCCUACAUGGCCGCAUCGUCCCACACGCCUCCACAGUACUUGGCAGCACAGUAUGCAGCACCGUCCGGCGGACACAUGCCCGACCAGACGGGCGGCACUGUGCACCAGGAGUCUGUGCGCCGACGGGCCUUGCCCCAACUUCCUGGACAAGGAGGUGGGCCUCCUGUUGCGGCACAGCAGACUACGCCGGCGCCUCGUCCUCAAGGCCGUAGGGCACUCCCUACCCCUCCAACAGUCCCGACUCGUCCACCGGCUGGCUAUAACACCAUGUCAUAUGCAGACAUGCCUCCAGCACAAGCUCCACCAGCAACGGCACCAGCACCAGCACCACCAGCACCAGCCUACGCCACUGCACCGCCGCCACUUCCGAAGCACGCGUCCACUUCCCCUCCUGCGGCAACCAGCAACAGCAUGUAUCAGCAGCAGCAACAGCACCAGCAGCAAGCUGGCGUGCAGCGGAGCACCACCUCGUCGACGUAUCCCACCACAAACUCGCACGACUCGUUCUUCCCCGGCAGCUCGCCGAGUCUGACACCAAACACAUCUGUGUCCAGUCGAUUCAGCGGCCACCAGUCUGGGCUGUCUCACGAGCAGCAGCAGCCCAAGCUCAACAACCGCCCGUCGCCCGUGCAAGAGUCGGCGUACCCAGUGUCCGAUAACGAUUCCCUGUUCACUACCCACAGCGACAGCCCGGUAGCUUACAGCAUCAACGGAGACAACUACAGCCACGCUACACCUCAGCAGUACGAUAUGGUAGACAUCCCCAGCCGUAUCGCCAGCCUGGCUAUGACGCACGGAGACCUGCCCGCGCCGCCGCCAAGGGAGCAUACACUCCAGCACCAGCGCAGCUUCCACUCGGAAGCCACCAGCGGCCCAUCCACGGUGCGCAGGUCGCCUUCCCCGCUCAACUUUCCUGCCCCGCAUCCAGCACACCAAUCUGCUGCUGCUGCUUCGUCAUCACGGCCUGAAGAGUCGCCCACGUGGGCCGAACAGUCUCAGUCCCGUUGGGUGCAGACCAAGCUGCUCCUGCAUCAGCAGGGCGGUGGUUACUAUGACGCCGAGGACGUGUACGACGAGUACGAGGACUCGGGAAGCGGACACGAGCUCGAGGAGGAGGUCAACGAGAUCCGGUUCUUCAACCCGGCCUUCCUGAGUGAGACUGCAGUCCAGCUUCGAGACAGGGUGAUCCGUGGACACCACGUCAAGGGCGGUAUCACCUGGGUUGGAACGUUUACAGGCAAGGACCUCGUGACCACAAUCCACUCUUUCCUCCCUGCCUUUACGCGCGAUGGGCCACUGGACCGCCGCAUCGCUCUCACCACGGCUCUGUCACUGCAAAAGCAGCUCUGGGUGAUGGAGGUGGAUUGGGUAGACACGCCAAUCCGCGACUCGAGCGACUCGGUGUUCAAGUUUAUGAGCGAGAUGGAGGGCAUGGACGGCCAGAUCUCCUUGCCCACCGGUGUCUUGACAAUGGCGACCAAGUGCUACUCGCCAAGCUGUACGGGCGAUUCUGGGUGCUACUCGCCCCGCUGUCCUUGGAAGACGCCUCCCAACUCGUUCAUCGUCGCCAAUGCCGAGGAGGAGAGUGGGCCGGCCCGCUCACAAACUAUAAUGGUCAAGACGGACUCGGACUGGACCAAAGAGGUCGACCCUAUUAUCCUUGCCGAGCUCUCAGACCAGCAAAAGCACAGGCAGACCCUCAUCCGCCAGGCUAUCCUCACCGAGGAAAAGUACGAGGCUGACCUCGCGGCACUGGAGAACAUCUUCAUUACCCCAUUGUUAAUGUCCAACCCUCCCGUCAUCGAGCCGUACAAGCUCGAGAAGUUUGUGGCGACGGUGUUUGGCAAUGUGGUGGCCAUUCGCCGCGCAUCCCGCCGGCUCAUUGACAACUAUGCCAUUCGCCUUCGUGAGCAGGCACCGCUCAUCCGGACCGUCGGAGACAUUGUGCUAGAGUCUGCCGCCGACGACCGCGGCUUGUACCCCGAGUACACCGAUAACCUUCCGCGCGCCGAAGAGAUGCUGCAGGAGACGCUCAGUGAGAACAAGGGGUUCCAGGCGUGGGUCGACACUGCCUCGUGCAGCGAAGAUCACCGCUGGGACCUGCGCUACCUUCUCAAACGCCCCGCAACCUACUUGCAGCAGUACCCUGCGACACUGGAGGAGAUUCUCAAGGUGACACCAGGAAACGACCCAGACUAUGACUUUUUGCACGAGUCGCUCAACUCGAUCCGACACAUCUCGUACCUCUCGCAGCUCAAGAUGUGGCACGCGUUCCGCGGACGUGGACCGAUGGCGAGCCUCGAGUGGCACCAGAUCGUACCGCCCGAGCUCCUCCAGUCGAUGGAGAAGAAGGAGCAGACCAGGCAAAUGCUCAUCUUUGAGGUGAUCAAGGGCGAGUUGGAGUAUGUGGCCGACUUGGAGGCCAUUGAAAAGGUCUAUGUCAACCCUCUACGCGAGGCCGACACGCCUAUCAUUGACCGCUCGCGCGUAGAAAACUUUAUCGACGAAGCGUUCCACAACUACCGCUCGCUCCUCGAAGUGCAUACCCGCCUGCUAGAGGACUUUGAGGAGCGCCAGCUUGAACAGCACCCCAACAUUGGCAGCAUUUCGGAUAUCAUCCUCAACGCCGCGCUCAACUGGCACGAGGCGUACAUAGAGUACAUGCCCCACUACCCGCUCGCCAAGGCCAAGAUCCAGGAGGAGCGGGAUCGGAACCCCCUGUUUGCAAGGUUCCUCGACGACGCGCAGAGGAACCCCCUCACCAACCGUAACGGCUUUGACCACUUCAUCUACCGUCCCAUUCCACGUCUUCUCCGUUAUCCCUUGCUACUAAAGGAGGUUCUCGGCACGCUCAAGGCACUUGGACAGCAGGAUAACCCAGACUAUGAGGCGAUUCCACAGAUUGUCGAGUUGAUCGACAACCUCGCCAAGGCCGGCCAGAAGGGCGUGGCGGUCAACACUGCCAAGGUGGAACUGUGGGCGAUGAAGUCGACUCUGGACGGCGGCAAGUUUGGCGCGCGGGCGACCAAGGACCUCGACCUCAUGAACCCCAUGCGCGAGCUCAUCCACAAGGGCAAGGUGUACCGCCAGCCUGAGAACAGUAUUGGUGGCCAGGCAUGGUCCGAGCUGCAGCUCCUGCUGUUCGACAACUACUUUGUGCUCGUCAAGCAGUCCAAGGCCACCAAGAACAAGGAUGCCUCGCCGCGGUACACCAUCAACCGUCGACCGACGCCACUCGAGCUCUUGUCUCUGGGCAAGUUUAACGAGCCGCCCCAGAACCGUUCGCUCGGUCUCCUCAAGGGUCUCCGUGGCGGCGGUGGCAACCACGACGAAACGGCCCCGACUCAGGCCCAGGUCCAGUCCGACUCGCGCAUGGUCUACCCCUUCACCUACAGCUUUAUGGGCCAAGGUGCCGCCAGUGGCGAAUACACCCUGUGGACCGACUCGGAGACGGCGCGCAAGGAGUGGCACGAAAAGCUCAACCACGCGUUGGUGCUUCGCCAGGCCGUCAACGACUCCGGCAAGGUGUUUGAGAUGACGCCGCUGAGCACGGAUACAUUCUACAUGGCUCCCGGUUACGGCGUCACGCCCGACAAUGACGACUACACGGGCCGCGUUACCUGCUCGGUACCAUUUGUCACAGUCGACCGCCGAAACCUCGUUGCCGUCGGCUGCGAGCAAGGAGUCUGGAUCGGUGUCCGUCACGACUCGGCCUCGCUGCGCAAGGUCCUCCACGUUCGUGGUGUUACCAACAUUGCCGUGCUGGAGGAGUUUGGCAUCUUCCUCGUGCUUGCCGACAAGAGUUUGCUCGCGUACCAUCUCGAGGCUCUUGUGCCGACCUCGCAGUCGGGCCCGCCUGUCCGAUCGGCGCCUCAGCGACUCAGCGGUGUCCGUGACAUUGUCUUCUUCUGCGUUGGCCAGAUCUCGGGCCGUACUUUGGUCUGCUACAUGAAGCGCAAGGGUAUGGACUCGGUGUUCCGCGUUCUCGAGCCGAUUCUCAACCGCCAGACCGAGGACACGAGCCGCCAGCGUCGUCCCUUCGGUGCUCUUCUGGGCCAGAGGACAGAGUGGUUCCGCGUGUACAAGGACUUCUUCAUCCCGACCGAAGCCCUGCACCUGCAUUUCCUCAAGGCCAAGGUUGCCAUUGUCUGCGCCAAGGGCUUUGAGAUUAUGGACCUUACCGACCUCAAGGGUGGUUCAAUCCCCAUCUUUGACGCGGCCAAGGCACGCGAGCGCCCGGCGCUGCAGGAACUGGCGCGCCGGUGCGAAAACGCCAGGCCAGUGGCCAUGUUCCGCUCCACCGACAGCGAGUUCCUGCUCUGUUACGACGCGUUUGGUAUCUACGUCGACCGCCACGGCGAGCCCAACCGCGACCACCAGGCCAUCGAGUGGGAAGGCCGUCCAGACAGCAUCGUCUUCCACCCGCCGUACCUCCUCCUCAUCUCGCCGUCGUUUGUCGAGGUGCGCCACAUCGACUCUGCCAAGCUCCUGCAGAUCUACACUGGCCGCGAGAUCCGAUGCACGUGGGAUGGCACGGGCGGCAUGUCCCGCCCACCGCAGGACGCGCCCGGUCCCAAGGGCUGGGGUUCCGAGGUCACCUCACAAGAGCCACGGAUCCACAUUUGCAAGCGUACAGAGGACUCGCGCCGUACAAAGGGCAUUGAGCAGCAGAUCUUUGAGCUCACGCCGACAUUGCUACUCAACAACCCGCUGCUCAACCCCAUGAACACAAACGAUCCAAACUACUUCCCUCCCGCCCCGUUGAACCACCGAACGAGCAUGAGCACCACUCACUCGAACAACGGGUACGGCUAUCUCAACCCGAGCGCAUACAACCCCUCGGACGUCCGUUCAGUCAGCUCGGCCAGCACGAACAACUAUGCCAAUUCGCAAAACUACCACGGCAACGCGGCGGCGCCUCCGCGCACCUCGAGCGCGUUCCCUGCCGGCAACGGAUUCACGUCUGCGCAGGACAACGGAUACUACGGCGCCGACUUUGGCGCCGGCGCCGCUCCCGCUGCGGUCGCGGGCAACCAGAACCAGAACCCCUCGGGAGCACAUGUGUACCGCCACGAAUCGGGCGGAUAUCAGUCGCUCACUAGUGGGUGGGAGUCGGCGGGCGGAUACCAGUCAUCGCCGUCGCAGCGCCAGCCAUCCCAGCGUCAGCAGCCGCAGCAACAGCAGCAACAGCAGCGUCAGCAGCCACAGCAGCAGCAAGCGCAGGCGCCAGGAUAUUCCCAGCAGGACUACCGCUCGGUGCCGAGCUACCCCAACGUGCGCCCAGGUUACCUCUAA